UAUAAACUCGAUAGUACUUGCCGCUGCGGCAAUAUGGACACUCUGUAAGCACAGUGACAAUGUGCCUCUGGUAAUGAAAUUAGGAUGUCAAUUGAGCGCUAUCGUGCAAGUUCCAUUACAGUUGAUACUCUUUGCGAUGCAAAACAAACGUUUGCAGUUUAUUAUUUUGGAAAUGGAGAAUUAUUAUCAGCAAGCGCAAGAAUAUGAAAAAAAAAUUUUCCAACAAUAUAUCGACAAAUGCAAACCAUUUUAUGGGAGCAUUCUUUGUUGGUUGGCGAUGACAGGCAUUAGCGUUGUACUCACGCCUUUAUUUUCAUCACAAUCGUUCCCGAGUGAAGCGGAGUACCCAUUCGACGUGCAACGUCAACCAUUUAAAACUAUCAUUUAUGCGCAUCACGUAUUGAUCGCUUAUCAGUGUGUAAUCCAAGUCAGCACCAAUACCUUUCCUGCUCUCCUACUUUGGUUCGUAGCUGCCAGAUUCAACAUUUUAUCCGUUCGGUUUCGUACAAUGACGAACAUGAAAGAGCUGAUAAAUUAUACGCGCGAACACAUUCUAUUACUUAGGUAUGCAAGAGAAGUAACGCAUGCAAUUCGCUACGUAGCAUUAUUAUGUGUGACUUUUAGCACCGGUGCUGUAAUAUUUGGUUACCUUACUUUUAUGAGUCGUCAACCAUGGUCAGUGAAAUGGACGUUUCUUAUGAUUGCUUUCUGUGGCUUUGUGGAACUCUACAUGUAUGCUUGGCCAGCUGAUAAUGUAAUAAGUACGAGUACUGAUAUAGCGUCUGCUGUCUACGAAUCAUCAUGGUACAAUGAUGAUGUGAUCAUACGGAAGAUUUUAAUACAUAUCAUAUUAAGAAGUCAGCAUCCAGUCACUGUUUCAAUUCCGUGUGCAUUACCAAACUUAUCCAUGAAUUAUUAUGCAUCGUAUAUCUCGACAGUUUUCUCGUACAUGGCAUUUGUGCGUAUCAUGAUGGGUCAAGUAUAGAAAAAUAAUUAAAAAUUAAAAAAUUAUAUU